AACAGAUGGGCCUUGGAUUCAACAUUAACGGUUACGGGUUAUCUAUUCGCAGACCAGACCCGUUAAAAUCCGCAAGGGUGACAACGUAACUCACAGAGUCCAGUAGCUUCUCGAAACCCGACUCUCCCUCAGAACCAACACAUCCUCGCCCCACAACACUCGCACAGGCUUCUCUACUUCCGGCGACGCCAUUUUUUCCGGCGCCAAAGCUUGUAUUACAAACCUAUCCCUGUAGAAUUACAAUCUUUUUUUUAAUUGAUUAUCGAGUUUAAAUAUUCAAUUCCGGAAGAAGAAAACAGAAAAUGCCGCCGAAGCAGCAAUCGAAAGCGGAUUUGGCGAAGAAACAGAAGAUAGUCGAGGACAAGACGUUCGGAUUGAAGAACAAGAACAAGUCGAAAAAUGUACAGAAGUACGUACAGUCCCUCAAACAAUCGGUUCAGCCCAAGCCUGACCCGAGCAAACUCAAUGCCCAGAAGAAGAAAGAGGAGGAGAAGGCAAGAGAGAAGGAGCUCAAUGAGUUAUUUAAAGUUGCUAUAAAACAACCUAAAGUUCCUGUUGGUGUUGAUCCAAAGUCAAUUGUAUGUGAGCAUUUUAAGGUGGGACAAUGUGCGAAAGGGUUUAAAUGCAAGUUCUCCCAUGACUUGAAUGUGCAGAGGAAAGGAGAGAAGAUAGAUAUCUACAGUGAUAAGCGUGAUGAAGAAAAAGAACGUGAAACAAUGGAGGACUGGGACCAAGAGACAUUGGAGAAGGUUGUUGCAUCCAAGAGCAACGAGUACAACAAAAAUAAGCCUACUGAUAUAGUGUGUAAAUACUUUCUGGAAGCAGUGGAGAAGAAGCAGUAUGGUUGGUUUUGGGUCUGCCCAAAUGGUGGUAAAGACUGUCAUUACAGACAUGCACUUCCGCCUGGGUAUGUUUUAAAGUCUCAGAUGAAAGCUCUUUUAGAGGAGGAAAGUGAAAAGAUACCCAUAGAAGAGGAGAUAGAAAACCAGCGUGCAAAAGUAACUUCUACAACUCCUAUGACUCCAGAGUUGUUUAUGCAAUGGAAAAAGAGAAAGAUGGAGGAGAGAGAAGCCAGUCUUGCUGCACAGAGGGCAGAGAGAGCAAAGAAUGACCGCAUGAGUGGUCGUGAGCUGUUCCUCUCAGACGCAAGCUUAUUUGUUGAUGAUGCUGAAGCCUAUGACAAAUACCAAAGAGAAGAAGAACCAGACUCAGAUCAAAAGGUCAACAAAGAUCCUCCAACAGAUAGGCCAGGUUCUUCCACAUCAACUACACAUGAUGCAGAAGGUAUUCCUGAUGAUGAUGAUGACGAUCUUGACAUAGAUGAACUAAAUGAACUGGAAGCUAGCCUAUCAAGAACAACAUUACAAAUCAAAGAAUCAGGUGACCACGUGUGAUCCUGUGUGUCACAGAGUACAGUCCAAGCGCAUUUUUUGCUCGGCUCUUGACGUCGGAAAAUAGGGCUUAGUUGGAGUCUCCUAGCUGAAGUGCAUUGUGUGCGAGAGAGCUAGGGUUUCCUUACGCCAGGUGAUACCAAUAGUAAGUCUCUUAUGGUCUAUAUCAUGCUAAAUCUGGUAAUAGGUUGUCUUCCAAUCCUAGGAUUGAGCUGGAGUUCAUUGGUUAUUAUAACUCAGCCAGAGUUUUGCACUUGAUUGUUGUGCAAAUUUAUAGAGCAGUAUCAGCCCCCAUGAAACGUUAAUUUGUUUCAUUGAAUAUGUAACCCGACUCCUCUUUCCUUUCAUGAAUCUUGUGAGGCUGUCUCCAGAUGCUUCUAAAUAAUUGCUAACAAAGGUAAUGCAUUUGAAAAUUGAUGUAA